AUGCUCGAGACGUCCCAAGCCCGCAACCAGCGUCCUAGUGAUAAGCCUGCUAAGCUCUCACGACAGGGCUCGGAAAUCCCGAGGGGACGGCCAGCGGCCGGAACUGCCGAGGGUUCCCGGGAUCGCCGCUGGAACUGCGGCCUUCUCCUUGGCCUUGCCGAGCACACUACGGAUCACAGUCUUUGCCUUGCCCUUCCACCGCGUCCCGAUGGCCUCCACGUCUGGCCCAUAGUUCUCCAGCAGCCCGACCAGCUCGUCCGUCCGCGCCACGACCUCGUCCCAGGCACCCUGGUCCAGUCUCCAGUCCGCCUUCUCCUUCUUGCCGUCGCCAGCCGCAGUGCCGGGGGCGAGCAGGGAAGCGCCGCCGCCACCGGCCACGCCCACUCCGCUGCCGCCAACCGCCGCCCGCCAUGCCUUCUCGGCCGCGUUGAUGGCGCCACCGUAGUCGCCGCGCCACGCGCGCUCUCGCCCGAUCAGCGCCCACAACUCGGACCGAGACGUGACCAUGGGCGCAACCUGCUCCUCGAAAAGGUCGACUACAUUCUUUUGGAUCGAGCCGCGCGCGAUCUGCGGCUUGUGCGGGAGCAGGGCGGUGUCGAGGAGCAGUCUCAGUAUGUCGGCGUCGACGGCAUCCUCCGUUCCGCGGACCCGCAGGAUGUGACGCAUGGCCGCGAUUAUUUCGGCGACGGCGGGAGGGCGUGUACGGGCCGCCAGAGUCAGGACAUUGUCCCAGAUGCGCCAGUUGUCGUGGGCCAUGGAAGCACCUCGCUUGUAGGCCGACAGUGCCUGGGCAAGGAGAGUGACUGCGUCGUCUUGACCCGUAGUUGUAUGCAGUGCGAUGUCUUCCUCCUCAUCGGGCGCGGGUACGACAGCCUUGGCUGUGCUUGCUUUAGCAUCGUCGCUUCCAGACUGUUUCGCCUUCUUGGCGCCGUCGACGGCUUCGCAAUGUAG